AUGUCGCCGAACAGCAACUCGGAAAAGCCAAUUAAUCCAAACGAGCACCUGCACAUUCCAAAGUGGGUGAAUGAGGACUACUUCCUGCCAAUUCUCCAGAAAGAUAUGGAAACCUUUGACAAGAUCGUGAACUUUAUACCCAUUGCGGCCACCGCGCCUGGGGAGAACUAUACUUCCAUUAUGAUACGGGUCAUUGUGGAUAUACUGCUAAAGGAUGGCAGCGAGCAGAAACUCUCGUAUAUUUUGAAAACCAUGCUGGAGGCGGACAGUGGAGCGGAUGUGGUCAAUGGCAUGGGACUGUUCCCCAAGGAGAGGAAAAUGUACGAGGUGCACAUACCGCAGUUCGUGAAGCUCUACAAGGAGGCGGGCCUGGAAAUUGAGUUGGCGCCCAAGUGCCUGCAUGUCGAGGCCACCGCUGAGUUGAUUACCCUGGUCUUCGAGGAUCUGAGUCGGCAGCAUUUCAAGAAUUUCGAUCGGCUAAAGGGAUUCGAUAUGCCGCACAUGCGCCAUGUGCUCCGGAAAUUGGCCGAACUUCACGCCGCCUCCGUGGUGGCGAGGGAAAUAAAUGGACCCUACGAUCCUCUGUACUCCAUGUCGAUGUAUAAUGAGCAGAGUCGUCCUCUUUUCGAGGCUCUGGGCGAGAUGCGUCAGGUGAUGUUCCUGAAGGCGAUGAGGGAGUGGGAGCUCGAGGGCGUCGAGCGAUACAUCGCCAAUAUGUGGAGCCCCGUGGAAGUGUUCGAGGAAGCUCUGGCCAUCAAUCAGGUGGACGAGACCGAGUUUAACGUGCUCAAUCACGGUGACUGCUGGUCCAACAACAUUAUGUUCAAUUACAAGGACAACGGUGAGAUCGAUAGAACCAUAUUUGUGGACCUGCAGAUCGGCAAGUGGGGCACUCCGGCCCAGGACCUUUGGUACCUGAUCACAACCUCCGCCUCGCUGGACAUCAAGGUCAAGGAGUUCGAUCACUUCAUUCAGAUCUAUCACGAGCGCCUGGCAGAAUGCCUGAAGCUGUUGAACUACUCGAAAUCCAUUCCCACACUCAGGGAUCUGCACAUCAUGAUGCUGAAGUAUGGAUUCUGGGGACCCCUGACCGCCAUGGGUGUGAUGGUGGCCACACUGAUGCCCACCGACAAGGAUGCCAACAUGAAAAUGAUGAUGGCCCCAGGACCCGAGGCCGAUGCCCUGCGUUACAGGACCUUUAUCAAUCCCUACUACGCCAGGGCCAUGAAGUUGCUUUUGCCGUUUUUCGAGAACAAAGGACUUUUGAAGUCGGUCUAGGUUUCAUUUCGUGUAGCCCCAUUGUACAUUAUUUGUGAUAUCAUAAAUCAUAAGAGCGAACAAUAAAUAAGCAAAUUUUAUUUAA